GUUUUUAUUUGUGAAAAAUCCUAUUUUCCCUCAGAAACAAAAAUAAAUAAAAUUAAUAAUAUUCUCUCUUUUUCAUUGAGAUAGAGAGAGAGAGGGUGUGGGGGGUGAAGGAGAAAGAGGGUGCUUUUGCUUUUCUCGAGGUUUGGGAUUGAAGAGGAGGCAGCUUAGCGAAAAUGGGAGCUGGUGGUCGUAUGUCUGCUCCAAACGGCAAGACUGAAGAAAAGAAGAAUCCUCUACAAAAGGUACCAACCUCGAAACCCCCUUUCACAGUUGGUGAUAUCAAGAAGGCUAUCCCACCUCACUGCUUUCAAAGAUCUCUCACCCGCUCAUUCUCCUAUGUUGUGUAUGACCUCAUACUUGUCUUCAUCAUGUACUACGUUGCAACCACUUACUUCCAUCUCCUUCCAUCCCCAUUUUGCUACAUUGCAUGGCCUAUUUACUGGAUUUGCCAGGGUUGUGUUUGCACUGGAAUUUGGGUUAAUGCCCAUGAAUGUGGCCACCAUGCCUUCAGUGAUUACCAAUGGGUUGAUGACACCGUUGGACUUAUCCUUCACUCCGCUCUGUUGGUGCCGUACUUCUCUUGGAAAUAUAGUCAUCGUCGCCACCACUCCAACACUGGCUCCCUCGAGCGUGAUGAGGUCUUUGUGCCUAAGCCUAAAUCCCAGCUCGGUUGGUAUUCCAAGUACUUGAACAAUCCACCAGGCAGGGUUCUCUCACUUACAAUCACCCUCACUCUUGGCUGGCCGUUGUACUUGGCCUUCAAUGUAUCCGGCAGACAUUAUGACCGAUUUGCCUGUCACUACGACCCUUAUGGCCCAAUCUACAACAACCGUGAGAGGCUACAGAUCUUCAUUUCUGAUGCUGGAGUUCUCGGAGUUUGUUAUCUGCUAUACCGUGUUGCCUUGGUGAAAGGUCUAGCUUGGCUAGUAUGCAUCUACGGUGUACCCCUCCUCGUUGUGAACGCCUUCCUUGUCCUAAUCACCUAUUUGCAGCACACUCACCCAUCAUUGCCUCACUACGAUUCAACCGAGUGGGAUUGGCUAAGAGGAGCUUUGGCAACCUGUGACAGAGACUAUGGCCUUCUAAACAAGGUCUUCCACAACAUCACCGACACUCACGUGGUGCACCAUCUGUUCUCAACCAUGCCACACUACAACGCGAUGGAGGCAACCAAAGCAGUCAAGCCAUUACUCGGUGACUACUACCAAUUCGAUGGAACCCCGAUUUUCAAGGCAAUGUGGAGGGAAGCAAAAGAGUGCCUCUACGUCGAGAAAGAUGAAUCAUCUCAAGGCAAAGGUAUUUUCUGGUACAAAAACAAGUUCUGAACACUAGAUCAGAAACUCUGCUUGAUGUGAACUGGUCUUUGGGUAAUGUUUUGUCUUGAGUCUUAAGUACUUUUGGAUUUAAGUUAAUUUAGCUAGUGUGUUAUGUUUGUUAGUAUGGGGAGGUUUAUGUUUGAUGAAUUUUGACAAAUAAAAGGGAAAAAAAAUAAGAAAAAAAUGAGAGGAACAAAGUGCAUCCUCCACCUCCUCUAUGUAAUGAACUACCUGUUUAAAUUUUAAGUGGUUGUGUUUGUGUCUACAA